AUGAUUGAGUACAAGGAUAGGCGAGAAUCCGCACGGACCUCCCAACAAUCUCAUGCCAUUUGUCCAGCAGGCAAAGGCCGCAUGUGCAAUGCACUCAUCAGAACACCUUCUCAGCAGGUGGCAGUGGGCCGAAGAGAGUGCCUCAGCGUGUUUGGGAAUGAUUACCCAACCCCAGACGGCACUGGCGUGCGUGACUACAUCCAUGUGGAUGACCUUGCGGAGGGUCACAUUUGUGCCCUAGAGAAGCUCUUCACAAUGGAUGGUGGCUGCAUUAUCCACAACCUUGGCUCUGGCACUGGCUAUUCAGUCCUUGAAAUGGUCAAAGCCUUUGAGGAAGCCUGUGGAAAGAAGAUUGCCUACAAGAUUGUGGAUCGAAGACCGGGUGACCUUGGCACGGUGAUUGCAAAUGCUGCCAAGGCAAAAGCAGAUUUUGGGUGGCAAACGAAGCGAGGCUUGAAGGAGAUGUGCGAGAGUGCUUGGAAAUGGCAGUCCAACAACCCAUAUGGGUAUGAAGAUGGCCCUGGCAAGGAACUGUGUGCAUUAGCGUUAUGCAAGCGAAAGUGA